AGCGGAUCUCUGCGGAUGUCAGUGCAGGCACAGAGCUCGAAACACAGCGGGGACUCGGCUCCGUCCUCACCGGCUUUCACUGCUCCAGCACCCGGCCAGCUAACGGCCUGCUCCCUGCUGACAGGCCCGCGGUCACGGCUUGUCAAUCCUUCGGUAUUUAUCCGGUUGAUUUUUGUUUCUGACGUUUUCAGUGAUGCGAAAGCGGAAUAAUUCGCCGACUACGGAGCAUGACAGCGGCACCACCGGCACUCUGCUUGACAGCGACCCGGACCUGAAGCAGCGUCCCAGCAGGGGAACAGGGGGGCCCGUAGCAGGCGGCCAGCAGGGCCCGGGAGUGGAACCGGACAUGGGGAAACCGUUCAGAAGUGAGACUGAUGAGCUGGUCAGACUUGAAGCUGCUGAUCCAGCAAGACCCUCCCUCCACAGCCAUCAGACAGACACAGUGACACCAUCAGGUUACCUGUACAGGUUGGGUCUGGUGGGGAAGCUGAAGAGGAUCUUGCUUUGGCUGUUGGUGGUCUACAUCUCCAUUCCUUUCAUCGUUAAACUCUGUCCAUCCAUCCAGGCAAAACUAGUGUUCCUCAACUUUGUGAGGCUGCCCUACUUCGUCGACCUGAAGAGACCUCUGGACCAGGGACUAAACCACACACACAACUUCUACCUCGAACCUGAGAGCAGUCUCAAGAUAGGAGUCUGGCACACAGUUCCUGCUCACAUGUGGAGAGAAGCUCAGGGGAAACAAGGCGAGUGGUAUAACUCCAUGUUUAGCUCCACCCACUCUGUCAUCCUCUAUCUCCAUGGAAAUGCAGGGACCAGAGGAGGAGACCAUAGAGUCCAACUGUACAAGGUCCUCAGUUCAUUAGGCUACCAUGUAGUCACAUUUGAUUACAGAGGAUGGGGGGAUUCAGACGGCUCUCCAUCAGAGGGGGGAAUGACAUCAGAUGCUCUGUUCAUCUACGAUUGGCUGAAAAAGCGACUAGACAACAAAUUACCACUUUAUAUCUGGGGACACUCUCUAGGGACAGGAGUUGCCACAAACCUGGUCAGAAGAUUGUGUGACAGGGGGAGUCCUCCCGAUGCUCUCAUCCUAGAGUCUCCGUUCACCAACAUCAGAGAGGAGGCCAAGAGCCACCCCUUCUCCAUGGUGUACAGAUACCUGCCUGGCUUUGAUUGGUUCUUCCUGGACACCAUCACAGCCAACAACAUCCGCUUUGCCAGCGAUGAAAAUGUGAAUCAUAUCUCCUGUCCUACGUUGAUCCUCCACGCUGAGGACGACAGUGUGGUUCCUUUCCAUCUGGGUAAAAAGCUGUACAACAUGGCCUCACAGUCAAAGAGCCUCAGCGGUCACAAGGUUCAGUUUGUUCCUUUCCCGUCCUCUCUGGGCUACAAACACAAGUUCAUCUACAGGAGCCCAGAGCUGCCAAACAUCCUCAGUGAUUUCCUUGGCACAGCUCCCCAACAGAACGACGAUUCAGCAUGAAAACACAUUCACAAUUUCUGUUUUAGACGGCAUACAAACACAAGCAUUAAGUAUUGUUUGUUUUCUGAUUGGGCUCAACAAUCUCGCAUGAACUGGACACAAAACAUAUCAUUCCCUUUUCUUCCUGUGUUACCAUUCCUCUCUCACCAACACUGGCAUCACAGGGUCCUUAUAAAAAAAAUGUAUUUUUAGUUUGACGCUUUUAUGACUUGAAUUAUGAAUUAAAUAUGUCUUGUUUUAUGAA